CAUACGGGCGCGUGCUGCCGCUGGGGCGGAAUAUCGGUGACAUGCGGAUGGACUGUGUGGACCGCGCCGUCUCCUGGCUUUUCCGGGUGAUCGGCGAGUGCAUUGCCCGUUACGCGGGAUAUUUUGUCAUCGUGCCUCUGCUCGUGGCAGCGUGCUUAACGACGGGGAUUCAGCGAAUGGUCUACGUCGACGACUCCGAGUAUCUCUUCAGUCCCAUGAACGGCAGAUCUCAUGGAGAACGUAAGGUCGUCGAAGCGCUCUUUCCACAGAACACGUCGAGGAACUUCGAUAUAGGAAGACAGACGAAGCCCGAAAAGUUUGGCCGGCUCAUCGUAGUGACCAAAGAUGGGAGUAAUCUGCUUCGGCGCGAAAUCUGGGACGAGAUCAUGUUGUUGGACAGCAUCAUCAAGAACAUGACGGUGACAUGGGACGACGAUGUUUGGAAGUAUGAGCAGAUAUGUGCGCGAGACGGGCCCCUGUGUUAUCCGAAUGACCUGCUCGAUUUUUACCCCAUCAUCGAUGAGAUCGAGAACGGCAGCUUUAAGUUGGAGUAUCCGUUGCGGAUCGACAGGGCUAGGCAGAAGGUGUACUUUACUGGUGCUCUUAUGGGUGGUAUUGUGCACGAUGGUAACGGGUACAUCAAGUCUGCUAAAGCUAUGGCUCUGUUCUACUUCCUCGAUACGUCGAGCAGGAAGGCAAACUUGCGAUCGCAGGCGUGGGAGUACGCCUUCCAUGAUCUUAUGGAGACCCUCGAACUGGAACAUCUGCGAAUGGUCUGGUUCAUGUCCCGGUCGCUGGACGACGAAAUGGAGAGGAACACGACGGUUGUGACUCCGUUGUUCAUCAUUACCGUUGUGAUCAUGGUGCUGUUCACAGUGUUGACGUGUGUGACGUCGGACGCGGUGCGCAGCAAACCGUGGCUUGGGGUUCUGGGCUGCAUCUCGGCCGCGGUGUCAGUGCUUGCAGGCUUUGGCCUUCUCAUGUACCUGGGCUUGGAGUUCGUCGGUAUGAACAUGGCAGCACCGUUUCUCAUGCUGGGUAUCGGCAUGGACGACACCUUCGUUGUCCUGGCCUCCUGGCGCCGCACGGAUCCCCGGAAGCCCGUCGUAGAACGGAUGGGCGAAACGUACAAGGAAGCUGCCGUCUCCAUCACUAUCACCUCGCUCACAAACUUCAUCUCCUUCUGCAUCGGCGCUGCUACCCCAUUCGCGUCGGUCAGGAUCUUCUGCAUCUACACUGCCGUAGCCGUGCUCUUCACCUACCUCUACCAGAUCACUUUCUUUGGCGGAUGCCUGGCUCUCUCGGGGUAUGCUGAAGAGAAAAACCUCCACGGACUUCUGUGUGUUCCCGCAAUGCCAAAGUCGCAAGCGAAAGAUCGAUCGUGGCUGUUCCGCUUGCUAUGCACGGGAGGGAGAAACCCUGACGACCCGGACAACCCAAUGGACAACAAAGAGCACGCCAUGAUGACCUUCUUCCGAGACACCUGGGGAGGAAUGUUGAGCCACCAGCCAAUCAAGGCUCUCGUCAUCCUUUUCUUCCUACUGUAUCUAGCCAUUGCACUCUGGGGUUGCACGCAGGUGAGAGAAGGACUGGAACGCCACAAGCUCGUUUUGGACACAUCCUAUGCUCGUGACUUCUUCGACCUGGAAGAGACGUACUUCCUCGAGUUUCCUCUUCGCAUUCACGUAGUCAUGAACAGAACAAUGGAAUAUUGGAAACCUGAUGUGUAUGAGAAACUGGUCCACAUCAUCGAAGACUUUGAGAGAAGUCCCUUCAUCCAGAAUAGCGUGCUCACUGAAUGUUGGUUUCGGGAGUUCCACAAGCAAACUAAGCAAGAACCACUCCAGAGGUACUUUGCGCAGUUUGAUUUGACAGACCAACAUGACUAUAUUAGGGGUCUACGAUUCAUGCUCAGAUUCGCUCCGUUUUCCACGUUCGAGAAGGACAUCAAGUUCAACGCCAACUUCACAGCCAUCGAAGCCUCUCGGUGCCUUAUUCAAGCAACCAACAUCACGGACGCUAACUUGGAGAAGGACAUGGUGUUGGACCUGAGACGCAUCGCGGACAGCUACCCCGAUCAGAAGAUCACGGUCUUCCACACCCUGUUUGUCUUCUUCGACCAGUUCAUCCUUGUCCGCGGAAUUUCAAUCCAAUCCGUCGGAGUUGCCGCCGCCGUCAUGAUGGUCAUCGCUCUCGUCUUCAUCCCGAGUGUGCCGUGUGCACUUUGGGUUGCCUUCUCCAUAUGUUCCAUCGAAAUCGGCGUCAUCGGCUACAUGACUCUGUGGGGCGUCAACCUAGACUCCAUCUCUAUGGUUAACCUUAUCAUGUGCAUAGGUUUCUCCGUGGAUUACUCUGCACAUAUCUCGUACGCUUAUCUAUCGUCAGAUGGCCUAACCGCUAACGAUAAGAUGAAGUGCGCUCUCCAUUCUCUUGGCAUGCCUAUCUUCCAGGGCAGUAUAUCUACCAUCUUGGGUAUUAUUGUGCUAGCUUUCGCGCCUUCUUAUAUCUUCCUCACUUUCUUCAAGACCGUUUUCCUCGUCAUCCUGUUUGGAGCACUGCAUGGCAUCCUGCUCCUCCCUGUGUUGCUCUCUCUUUCCAGUUCCAUGUGUAGUAGCCAGAAGAAAGUUAAACUGACUCAUCCAUUUUUCAUCUCCUAACCCCAUCUGACAACUCCCCUGGCUUCGUGUUCUGCUACCCCAGGCUGGCGAGGAGGUGUGAAAAUAGAGGAAGAGGAGGCAUGUGUACAUAUAUACCCACAAACUUGCCUAUAUGAAGCGGGAUUUGCAUUGAACUCUGGGAUAGCAGCACUAUGAUGUCAAGAGAAUCGAAACCUAGACAAUAUGCAAUGGUACCGCCAAGAAGAGUUGUGGCGGCAUGUGGGAGUGCAUUAUGUAUAUAGACACAUUGUCGUGAAUCUGCAGGAUUUAGGAUUUCGUGCUCAUGAGCUUGCAUAUCAUGCGCAGUGUCCAACAGUAGUGGGUGCAUUUUCUUCUGCUUACAGUAAGACAAGAGUGUUUAUUGUUACAAGAAGAAAGUGCAAUGAGCACUGUAGGGCAGUACGUUUGUUGCAAAGGUUAUGUACGAUAAAUAGUUGCAAUAUUUAAGUUGUACACAUGUAUAGUGCAUUGCAUACACGUUUACAUUGCUCAGCCUCAUAAUGAAACGCCCCGCGCUAUAAAGGCGCAUUCUAGUCCUUUUAGCAUGUUAGCGAGAUAGCUGACCUCCUUCUUCCCUCAAUUAAAUGCGUUAUUAGAAGCAGCACAUCCUGGUAUGACUACACGGGAGCAAGUACCUCUUUCAUGAUACCAUGUGAUAGUGAGAACACGAUCGUUGGUACAGCCUCAUCCUGGUGAAAACGUAAUUGGGGUAACAUUUUAUGUGAAACGCCUUGUGCACUCGUCAUAGACCGGCUGGGGUGUGCCCAUGCAUAUAAAACUCCAUGCCCGCGAGAUUUUUGGUGUCAUACGCAACUAAUGACACCUUCUCGUGAUUGCUGUUCCUUGUGCUUCUAGCUAUUCUGAUCGAUUGUUACAGUAAAUCCAGUGCUCGCUUGCCAACAUACGCACAUGUGUGUGAAUAACCAUAUUGGAAAACAGGAAAUGCAGGCGGAAGCACAUACAAGAUGGAGUAGAAAUGCAUUAUUUGGGGAGCAGCUAUGUUCCAGCUACACAUCAUUCAUAAGAGUGGGGUUGCAUGCCACUACUCUCUGUAAAUAAAUAAUAAAUAAUUGCCCACUGUUA